UAUUAGGAAAAAGGAAAAAAAAAAAAACGAAGGGGGAGCUGUGUGAGGCGCCGUCUCUUCCUUCCCCCUCCACUUUAUUUUUCUCUGUUGGGGUUUUCUAACAGUCAUAUCCAUCGGCCGGAGACUCAACGAUUCUUCUCGGAAUCUUAUUUCUCUCAUCAGCGUUUUUCGAUUGGAGGAGCAGAGACCACCACACACACACACACACUUUAAAAAAGUCAAGCUGGAGUCUCAUAAGUGAAACUAUGGAGCCCUAAUCCUCUUACCAUUUCUAUUGUAGUUUUCUGUGAGCUCUUUCGGGAUAGAGAAGAGACUUUACUUUUUUAACGUCUAAUCAAAAUCCCAUGGCGUCAACAUUUUGAUUACUCUUUCAGGUUUUGGAAUCUUGUAUAUUUUAAGCAUUUUUGGUGAUUUUCAAAACUGUGUACCGGUUGUUUUUCUUGUUAUGUUUUGGAUGAUAGAGACAUUUUUGACUUUCUCUUACAAUGAGUACACGAAGAUCUGGCAUUUCCAAGCAUCAACGAGCUGAUAAAUUUUGUGGUCAAGGGCCUAAUUGGAUACUAAUUGCUGGGGGUGCCUUGUUGAGUACAUUGUCUAUUCGCUUUGGGUACAAGCUUAAGCAGUCACUUGAUUGGAAACCUCACUCGAAUGGCUCUUCUGGUUUAAAAGCCAAUGGAGGAGCAUCUGAGAGGCAAAAAUCUACAAGCUGUUGCUUGCACUCUAACACGUUUUCCUGUGCACACAGUAAUGAUUGCUUCCGCUCCAUUCCAGGAAGUGAGAAUGUGGAGGGAAAAGAGGUGAUAAACGAGCAAAUGGUAUCCGCAUCUGACACUUCAUUGCCUCUUGUGACAGUUUCUGCUCCAUCAUUUAGCAAAGAAAAUGGAGUCAUGUGGGCUACUUCUCCUGAUCGCCUGGAACUUCCCCCGAAACCAUACAAUCACCAAUCGACGUGCUCAGAUUCUCCCUGCGUAUCUGAAACCAGCUCAGACAUCUUCAGCAAACGAGAAGUAAUACAGAAACUGAGGCAACAGCUGAAGAGACGCGAUGACAUGAUACUGGAAAUGCAGGAACAGAUCCUAGAGCUGCAAAACUCGUAUAACGCGCAGACGGCACACUCUAGCCAUCUCCAGGAACAGCUAGACACAAUGAACAGAGAUCUUUUUGAAUCAGAAAGAGAAGUCCAGAGACUGAGAAAGGCGAUAGCUGAUCACAGCGUGGGAUGCGGUGCGGGUAGCAAUGGCAAGACAUCUCCCGUUGCACCAUGGAGUGGCCAUGUGAACGGGUUUAUGGACAGCGAAAGCAACUAUGAGUCACAGGAAAAGGGAUCAAGGGAUGGAGAAAGAGUAGAGAUGUUGAAAAAGGAAGUGAGUGAGCUUAAAGAGGUUAUAGAAGGGAAGGAUUAUCUACUUAGGAGCUAUAAAGAGCAAAAGAUAGAGCUUUCGCAGAAGGUAAAAGAGUUGCAGCAGAGAUUGGACUCACAGGUCCCAAACAUAUUGUAGUAGGUGGGAAAGGUUAGGCAUUGUGCAUACUUGCGUCUCUUCUUUUAAUUUUUUUUCUAUUAUUUUCCUUUUUUCGAGAAAAUGAAUCUAUGUCCUAAGAUAAAGACCGUUGGGAGAUAGAGAUUUUCAGGUUUCUUUCUGGCUUCAGCUUUCGUUUUUGAAUUGUCUUGAUUCUUGGUUUUGAGGUCUUUUUAUCUCUCGUUUGGUGUAAAGGAAAAUAGUUGUUGAAGAGUUUGCAGCGGGGAAUAGUUUCAUGCUUCUCCU